AUGCUGAUAUCAAAAGUGAUUGUAGGCAAUACAGAUGAGAAAGGUUCAUUUGGUUACAGCACUGAGAACGGGUACUCAACGCUGCCUUCGCUCGAAUUGCAGAGCACACUGACUCCAUCAGCUAAUCGUGGCAGCUUUGCUGAAGAACCCAAAGGGUUCGACGAUACCGAGUGUGGCAAGAAGAAAGGAUGCCUAUUCGCUCCGCCAGGAUGCCAACAGAAGAAAAACUGCCUGAUCAGCUUUAGUUACCAGGUUUGCUUUGAACGUGUGUUGAACUGCACCCAUAACUGUUAG